UCAGACCACAGCUCCCAGAGGCUGGUCUCUGUGUGGCUGGCUGCUGCCGGGGCCCUGCUUCCUUCAGGGCUGGGGAAGGGCAAUGCCAGGAAGCUGGUGAAGGCUUUCUUCUCCACUAUGGUUGACGGCGUUAAAUACGAAAUGGCCUCCCACCAUGAGAAGGAUGCCACCCUCUUGGGCAAUGAGGCCAGCCCCAAGCCCGAGCAGGUGAAGCUGAAGAAGGAGAUCUCGCUGCUGAAUGGCGUGUGCCUGAUUGUGGGGAACAUGAUUGGUUCAGGCAUCUUUGUCUCCCCCAAAGGCGUGCUCAUCUACAGUGCCUCCUUUGGCCUCUCCCUGGUUGUCUGGGCAAUGGGGGGCCUCUUCUCUGUCUUCGGGGCACUUUGUUAUGCAGAACUGGGCACCACCAUUAAGAAAUCUGGGGCCAGCUACGCCUACAUCCUUGAGGCCUUUGGGGGACUCCUUGCCUUCGUCCGUCUCUGGACCUCGCUCCUCAUCAUCGAGCCCACCAGCCAGGCCGUCAUCGCCAUCACCUUUGCCAACUACCUGGUGCAGCCCAUCUUCCCAAACUGCUUGGCCCCCUAUGCUGCUGUCCGCCUGCUGGCUGCUGCCUGCAUCUGUCUCUUAACCUUCAUUAACUGUGCCUAUGUCAAGUGGGGAACCCUGGUGCAAGAUGUUUUCACCUAUGCUAAAGUAUUGGCACUGAUCGCCAUCAUCAUUGCAGGCAUUGUUAGACUUGGCCAGGGAGCCUCGACUCACUUUGAAAAUUCCUUUGAGGGUUCAUCAUUUUCAGUGGGUGACAUUGCCCUGGCACUGUACUCGGCUCUGUUCUCCUACUCUGGCUGGGACACCCUCAACUAUGUCACUGAAGAGAUCCAGAACCCUGAGAGGAAUCUGCCCCUCUCCAUUGGCAUUUCCAUGCCCAUUGUCACCAUCAUGUACAUCUUGACCAAUGUGGCCUAUUACACUGUGCUCAACAUGAGGGACAUCCUGGCAAGCGAUGCUGUUGCUGUGACUUUUGCAGACCAGAUUUUUGGCAUAUUCAAUUGGACCAUUCCAUUUGCGGUUGCAUUAUCCUGCUUCGGUGGCCUCAAUGCCUCCAUCCUGGCUGCGUCUAGGCUUUUCUUUGUGGGCUCAAGAGAAGGCCAUCUCCCUGAUACCAUCUGCAUGAUUCAUGUGAAGCGGUUCACACCGGUGCCAGCUCUUCUCUUCAAUGGUCUCAUGGCGUUGAUCUACUUGUGUGUGGAGGACAUCUUUCAGCUCAUUAACUACUACAGCUUCAGCUACUGGUUCUUCGUGGGGCUCUCUAUCAUGGGUCAGCUUUAUCUGCGCUGGAAGGAGCCCGAUAGGCCUCGUCCUCUCAAGCUCAGCCUGUUCUUCCCCAUUGUCUUCUGCCUCUGCACCAUCUUCCUGGUGGCUGUUCCACUCUACAGUGAUACCGUCAACUCUCUCAUCGGCAUUGGCAUUGCUCUCUCAGGCUUGCCCUUUUACUUCUUCAUCAUCAGAGUGCCAGAACACAAACGACCUCUUUGCCUCCGCAGGAUUGUGGCUUCUGUCACGUGGUACCUCCAGGUCCUAUGUAUGUCAGUUGCUGCAGAGAUGGAUUUGGAAGAUGGAGGAGAGCAGUACAAGCAACAGGAUCCCAAGUCUAAAUAACCACAAGAAAUUUCGAGAUGUGGAAAGCAGGGGCUUGUAUCUUCUGCUGGCUGGAGGCAAGGAAGUUGAAAAGGAAAGCUCACUUCUUUGGAGGCACCUGUCCAGAAGCCUCUUAGGCAGCUUCAGCAACCUCUGAACUUGCUUUCUGAGAGAUGGAGAGUAAUUUAUUUGUUUUGCUACAUAUUACUACAGGUUUCUUUUAAAGGGACAUAAAGCAAACUGUGAUGGGAAGCAUGCUAGGUGUGAGCUUGGAUGUUCCAGUGGCACGUUCCCAUGUGUUAUGAUAUCCACUCACCUCCAGUGUGUCUGCCCACUCCUCUUCCACUGGAAAAUCCAUCAGUGCUUUAACUUCCUGUCUCCUUUAGAGACAUGAAAC